AUGGCAUCCAGCCAAAAGCCUACGAUCCUCCAUAUCGGAGAUCCAAUCAAAUACAACCAUGAACUCUAUCAGAAACUUGAAGAGAAAUUCACUAUUAUCCGACCCUCCGCAGAAGAACGCGAGCGGGGUUUGUUUCUAGAUGCCCUUCGACAGAAAAAAUGGGGUGACUUUCAAGCCGUCAUGCGGCCGUUUUGGAUUACCGGUGGUGAAAUGGGACGCUGGGAUCGAGAGCUGAUUCCCCUUUUGCCCAAGUCAGUCAAGGUGUAUGCAUCGGCUGGAGCUGGCUACGACUGGGCCGAUGUUGAUGUUAUGGCCGAAGCAGGCAUUCUAUAUUGCAAUGGUGCGGCUGCAUCUUCUGAGGCAGUUGCUGAUAUGGCACUUUAUCAUAUAAUCUCUGUCUUUAGGAACAUGCAAUGGUCGAACAUGGCAGCUAGAGGAAGUGAGGAAGAGUUUAGAGAUGCUCAUGCCCAUACUCAGCUCACAGCAUAUAACCCCCGUGGUCAUAUACUGGGGAUGAUUGGUUUGGGCAACAUCGGGUAUCAGAUUGCCCUCAAGACUCACAAGGCACUGGGCAUGCGCAUCGCCUACCACGACCCUUUCCGAAAGUCACCAGAGCAAGAAGCCGCUAUAGAGGCAACGCACUAUGCAAACCUUGGAGACAUGUUAGCAAUCGCCGAUUGUGUCGUCAUUGCUGCUCCAGGCGCAGGGGGAAAGAAAAUUCUAGGACAAGCCGAGAUUGCCAAGAUGAAGGAGGGAUCCCGACUAGUCAAUAUCGCAAGGGGCAGCUUGGUGGAUGAAGAGGCUGUCGCUGAUGCCAUGGACUCUGGACAUUUGUUUGCGGUAGGGCUGGAUGUUUUUGAAGAUGAGCCAAGACCGAAUCCGAGAUUGCAAAAGAUGAGGAAUGCCACAUUGACGUGUCAUACGGCUGGUGGUGCGUUGGAUACUUCGAUUGGGUUUGAGAGGUUGGCUAUGGAAAAUGUUAUAGCUGUCCUUGAGGGAAGGGAGCCUUUUACCCCAGUAAACAAGCAACUAUUUAAGUAA